AUGGAUAGGAGGGAAAUUCCUCGUAGGGCAAUUGGGAAAUUUGCAAGGUUUGCGUGGAGUGUGCACCUGAGACCUGCCUCACUGACUGUUCCUAGAUGUGUUAAUGUGGAAGAUGUCAAAUUUGUCAUAAACUUUGACUACCCAUCAAGUUCAGAGGAUUAUGUGCACCGUAUUGGACGUACUGGUCGCUCUCAACGUACUGGUACAGCCUACACAUUCUUCACACCUGGCAAUGCCAGGCAAGCCUCUGACCUAGUUGCUGUUCUUCGAGAGGCAAACCAAGUUAUAAAUCCCAAGUUGUAUGAGAUGGCAGAAGUUUCUAAAGGGCUUGGUGGGAGAGGGAGAAACAGAUGGAGAGGCAGGGAUCGAGACAGGGAGAGGGACCGUGACAGGGAUAGAGAUCGAGGAGCACGAGGAUUUGGGGGUCGCAGUCGUUCCCGUAGCCACAGCAGAAAUGAAUAUGUGAUCGGCAAUAGCUACUGGAGCUCGGCGACAGGGGAGAGGUGA